CUCCCGCCCCCCCUCUUCUUUUUCCCUCAGAUCUCAUCUCAAUCUCACCGAUAUAUCUCCCCUCUCCCCCCUGUGGAAUUGGACGCUCAUUCUCCGUCACCUCUGAUUUCUCUUUCUUCAAUUAAUUUCCCCCUCUACCUAUCCUCAUCCUUCACAAUGGGCUCCGUCGCAAACCUCCCCAAGGCCGGCACCUUCCUUUUCACCUCCGAGUCCGUCGGAGAGGGUCAUCCCGAUAAGAUUGCUGACCAGGUCUCUGAUGCCAUCCUCGAUGCCUGCCUUGCUGAGGAUCCUCUCUCUAAGGUCGCUUGUGAGACCGCCACCAAGACUGGUAUGGUCAUGGUCUUCGGUGAAAUCACUACCAAGGCCCAGGUUGACUACCAGAAGGUCAUCCGUGGUGCCAUCCAGGAUAUCGGCUACGAUUCUUCCGAGAAGGGUUUCGACUACAAGACCUGCAACGUCUUGGUCGCCAUUGAGCAGCAGUCCCCUGAUAUCGCCCAGGGUCUUCACUACGACGAGGCCCUUGAGAAGCUCGGUGCUGGUGACCAGGGUAUCAUGUUUGGUUAUGCCACCGACGAGACCCCUGAGCUCCUCCCCUUGACUGUCAUCCUUUCCCACAAGCUGAACAAGGCCAUGACUGAUGCCCGUAAAAAUGGCACCAUCCCCUGGCUCCGCCCUGACACCAAGACCCAGGUCACCAUUGAGUACGCCCACGACAACGGUGCUGUCAAGCCCCUGCGUGUCGACACCGUUGUCAUCUCUGCUCAGCACAGCGACGAUCUCUCCACUGAGGAGAUCCGUGUUGCUCUCAAGGAGAAGAUCAUCAAGCAGGUCAUCCCUGCUGAGCUGCUCGACGACCGCACUGUCUACCACCUCCAGCCCUCCGGCCGCUUCGUCAUUGGUGGUCCCCAGGGUGACGCUGGUCUGACCGGCCGUAAGAUCAUCGUCGACACCUACGGUGGCUGGGGUGCUCACGGUGGUGGUGCUUUCUCUGGCAAGGAUUACUCCAAGGUCGACCGUUCCGCCGCCUACGUUGCCCGUUGGGUCGCUAAGUCCCUGGUCAACGCUGGUCUCGCUCGUCGUGCCCUUGUCCAGCUCUCCUACGCCAUUGGUGUCGCUGAGCCCUUGUCCGUCUUCGUUGAGACCUACGGUACUUCCGAGAAGUCCUCCGACGAGCUCGUUCAGAUUGUCCGCAACAACUUUGACCUCCGUCCUGGUGUCAUUGUCAAGGAGCUUGAUCUGGCCAAGCCCAUCUACUUCCAGACCGCCAAGAACGGUCACUUCACUAACCAGGAGUUCUCCUGGGAGAAGCCUAAGACCCUCAAGUUCUAAGCGCGUCGCUGUGACUGCAUAAUCUUCCUUCUCCUGUUUCGUUACGAAUGUGAUGAUUUUGCUUUGUUUCAACAACUCAAAGCAUGAGCAUAGACACGUCAGAAAAGCUUUGUUCCAUAUUUCCUUUAUAAUAUUUGCAUGAUCGUCUAUAAAAAGGCGGGUUCGGCGGGAUAAAUUCAACAUGAUACCACUUUUCAUCUGUUGGGAGGGAUGUUACGGCGUUUUCCGGGAGCGAAAGUCUUCAACACACUGCCUCCUCAGGCUCGGCAUCUGUGGACCACCAGCGUCAUCCAAAUAUGGGUCCGCACAGAAGUUUGUGGACGCUUGUCGUAAGCUGUGCUGCAAACAAGCGUCCGAGAGGAGAUGAUCUAGCUAUGGCCGGCGGCAUUUGCCCAGUCAUAGUUGUGCUAAUCUAAACAUUAGCAUUAUAGAGUAAUGAACAAUGAACCAUUUAUAUGGCC